AUGAACAAUGAUGUGAUGUCCGAGAUUUUGUUGUGUCUGCCCGUACAAUCCCUCUUGAGAUUCCGAGCUGUCUGCAAAACUUGGGGCAAUCUCAUCGAUUCGCAGCGUUUCCGAAAACUGCACACUCACAACAACGACAGCAACAAAUCAGACGACAUGGUUAAUCUACAACUUACUCAUUCCAAUGAACAAGACAAGAUGUGUCUGCACGUCACUUUUCCCGAUGUUGGACAUCGAGUGCAAAAGGAACUGUCGAUAAAGCUUCAAUGCAAUCGGAAGUCGCUAUUGGCGUAUAAAUUCGAGCGAUUUAACGUCUUAUCACUUAGGCUAGUUGACACAGUUAAGGGUCUAAUCUGCAUUAACCCAACUAACUUUAGGGUACCUAUAGCCAUAUGCAACCCGUUUCUAGGGGAACUCAAACUUCUCCCACUUUUAAAGCAUCUUCCCCUUUCAACUCCUCGUGUAAAAUAUACUCCCGCGAGGUUGCAAUCGGUUUCGACAAAGAUUACAAAGUAG